AAAAGCUCCCGCCUUGGUCCCUCACCAUCAGAAACGGCUCCAAUGUAGCCGCUACAAUUCAGCGCGCUCAAGUGCUCAAGCUUUCAACUCAUUCAACCCGCCGUUGCCUCUCGAGUCGUUGAAAAUGUCGGCCAUCGGCUCAGAAGCGAAGCUGUCAGAGCAGGAAGAGUCGCAGCUCUCAGCGCCUCCUCCUCUCAGCGACCUGGACAGCUCCGACAGCGAUAGCGAGCCGGAAUCAAAAGAAGCGGAACAGGAGACGGAGGCCGAGCCCGUAGAAUGGCUCGCCACAUCACGAUCGCGCCGAGCUACGGCUGGCAAUCGUAUGAAGUCGAUGCUGGCCAACGAAGAGCCGGAUUCCGACCUCGAACUGCUAUUCGCCGAAUCCGAGAACGACCAGGGCUUCUCCGACGUCGGGGAUGACGCCUCUGACGUUCAGAUGGACUCGUCAUCCGACGACGAGGACGAGAACAAUGCUGGCGACGAUCUCGAGGGCGAACAGGAGCUCGAGCGACAGGCUCGGGAGCGGCGCGCAGCCCAGCGAAAGCGAAAAGCCCAAGAUGCCAUCCCAGCCAAGUUCAGGAAAAAGGUCCGCAUCAACCCGGCAGCAUCAGAUACCUCGACGCCGGCUCCCGCGCCUCGACCCAAGAAGAAAUCCGAGCGCACGUCGUGGCUGCCCUCACCGGCCGAUCUUCCCACUCGAGCAUCCUCUCGAAAGACGACACGCAUGUCCAAAGAGCAGCUCCACCAGCAGAUGAUUGAGCGAGAAGAGCGGCGGCUGAAGCAGCUGGAGCAGAUGCAGAAAAAGGCGGCCAAGAUGGAGGCACUGAAGAAGCCCCCCAUGACGCAGGAGGAUCGGCUUCGCGAGGCUGCCAUUGUGGAGAAGCGCAAUAGCAAGAGCUUGAAUCGAUGGGAGGUGGCUGAGAAGCAGAGGGAAGAGGAACGAAGAGCAAAACUGGCGGCUCUCAACCAAAGAACCCUCAAGGGUCCGGUGAUUACAUUUUGGACAGGUCUCGGCGAGGCGCGACGUGUUGUCAUAGAGGAAGAAAAGCCGAAGAGGAAGAAGGUAGAGAAGAAGCCCAAGGAAGCCGAAGUUGCGAAGGACGGGGCUGCCAACCCAGCAGCAGAUAAGCCAGGCAACGGAGACCAGCAGCAGACAGAUGCUUCAAUGAAGGUGGUAGCCAGUAGUGAUGUGUAUACCUCUGCCCUCCAGCCCAAGGCAGAUCCUACGGAGCCGCGGUCAAAGGAGAAACAAACAACAGCAGCAACCGAAAGCAAAGUUACGGACACAACGCCUCCGGUGAAACAGGAAGACACUGGGGAGAACCUUAAACCCCAAGAACCCUCAAAGCCAUCUCCAGACGCAUCAUCACGGCCUCCUAACGAUGCUGUUCCUCCUACCGCUGCCACUACUACCGCUUCUUCAGGUGCCAGCCCCCUCGCUGCCCCGUCCAAUGUUCUCUCUCCUCCUCCUGCUCCUUCUGCAGUUACUACUUCUACUGUCGCAAAGCCCUCCGAAGAACUACGCCAACCACCGAUAGCCUCACCUCCACCACCACCUCCGUCUCAUAGUGGUCUAGCUGCACCGGCGGCCGCCUCACCCUCUGGGCCACCUCGCCAGAUGUCACCGUUGGCGGCGCCCGCUGGAAUUGGCAGCCCGCGACCUAUAGAGGCAAGCAAGCCAUCUUCUGUACUCGCGCCCCCAAUGCUUGCCCCUCCGCCAGUCAUGAGCAUGGACUAUCGCCCCAGCCCGGCACCGAAAUCCAACGUUCUUGCGCUUCCACUACCUCAGACCACUCUAGCACCUCCAAUGCAGGGUCAAACUCCCCCUGUUCCUAUGGCUGGUGCUGUUCACGUCUCAAACGAACCUGUUCUUCGACACACCGUUCUACGACCUAUCAAUCCCGAUCUCGAACCAAUCAGCAAGUCUGCAAGCCCUAGCCUCUCAGAGCCACCUUCGCAGCCUGCUCCUGCUCCAGCUGAGGUCCCUGAAGCCCCUGAGACCACCACUCGCAAUGUCAUCAUCUUUCAAAACUUUGAUACGAACGCCAUUCAAGACAAGACUAUACAGACUCAGAUCUUGUUUGGUCGCAAGAUGACAAAGCUCAACAAACCCCCUUCUAGUCAGAAUUGUGUCAUUACAAACCUUCCAGCCCGUUACCGUGACCCUGAUACCGGGUUGCCGUACCACAAUGUUGCUGCCUAUCGGGAGCUCCAGCGUAUCAAGCGUGGAGAACUGAGCUGGAGCGCAAUUCUCAACGCCUGGGUAGGCAGUGAGAAAGUGGCUGCUCGUGGUGUACCAGCAAGAUUCCUCGAUCCAAAUGCGCCGACUAAGACUCCUGAAGAGCGGGAAAAGGAAAGGUUGGCCCAGAUAAGGCCUGUUCCGCCGCAGCCUCAGCCUGUGCAAGUCCAGCAGCAGCAUCCUCAACCCGUGCAAGUGCAACAACAACAUCAGGGGCCGCCGGCGGCAGUCGUGGCAGCGGCUCAUAAGUCGCCUCAUGUUACGCAACAUGUGCAGCAGUUACAGCAGUCUCAGCAACAGGGGACUCAGAGACCAUCAUUACCUCAACAACAUCGACCUCAACUGCCUUUACAUCAGCAACUACAGCAACUAGCAAAGCCUCAGCAGCUACAGGCACCUCAACAGCUUCAAAACCGACCAGCCUCAAAUCUGCAAGCACCACUAUCGCUGCAGCAGCAGCAGCCGUCAGCGCCCAGCACGGCACCCAAUGUGCCUCCAACGCUGGCUCCUCCACAACAAUCUCCUCUCAAAGUACCAGCACCGCAGCCGGUGCAAGCAUCACCGUCUCCGGCUGCCCAAGUCCCUGCUCAAGCCGCAGCCCCCUCUCCUCAACCUCCGCCCCAACCUCAAUCUCAACCUCAACCUCAACCCCAAGUUCAGCCCCAAAAAAAACCUGCAGCUGGGCCGCAAGUGUCCCCUGUUCCACAACAAGCGGCGCAGGCAACGACCACUUCGACACAAUAACAAAAACAUACCCAAUUGUUGUACCAGAAAUGUACUAGUAGAGAAUUAUAUACAUUUAAAAAAAAAAAAGUAAACAUAGGAACCACUCCAAUAGUCUGUGGAAUCACUGUGUAGUGUAUAUCAGCCGUGAUGUUGCU